CCGUAGCCAUUUUGGCUCAAGCCAGGCUUGCCAAGAUGUCGCUGCGCAAUUCAUCUUUGCUCGGCAUGGUCCCCCUCGUGUCCCCGCGAUGCUGCCUGUGGGCUGCUGAUGUGGCGCUAUCCUUCUGCCUCUGCAUCGCGGCUGGCUUCUCUUCGAUCCCAUAUCGUCUUUUAAUCAUUGGUUUGCAACUUACGAUUCAUUCGUGUGCGGUGGCGGCUGCUGGACGGGAGUUUACUUCAACAUGUGCUGCGAUUAUGUUUCUUCAUGGUCUUAUUCCUGCUCCCAUCUUUCGCCUGGCUAUGAUGGUCAACUCGGCUGCUGGUGCCGCGAAACAUUCACAGUGGUUCUGCUUUUUCCCAUCGUUUUGCCGGCGCCGCAGGCGGCAGAGAGGUGGGUAUGGUAAGUCGGUGGUGGACGUACCAUCUUCUGAGCGCUCGGGGCCUGGGCCCUGCAUUAUUAGCAUAUUCGACGCCCUUUCUUGUGGGCAGGGUUUGCCACCAGCGGUAUCCAAAUUCAACCCUUUGGUCACUGAAUUCGUCCCUCAGGAUGCUUGCAACGCUAAUGGCAACAAUUCGUUUUUGUCUUGUACUGGUGAUUGUGGCAAGAUUGUGGCUCCUCGUUAUAAGUUUGCACGCCCUUGUCGUGUUUUGGCUGAGCCUGGCCCAGGCCCCUGCGGCAGUUCGGCGGGCAGGGGGCACUCCCAUCUCAUUACUGGGGACUCUUCUGUGCAACAGCUGAUCGACGCUCAGAACAACACGAUUGCUUUGUUGAUCCAGGAGCUGGAGCAGCUGAGGACGGUGGCCCUUCCUAAUAUCUCUUUUUCGGUGCUGCAGGCCUACGUGGAUGACAAAACUGCUGCAGUGUCGGCGCAGGUCACCCAGCUGCAAGCUGAACUCGCCAGAGCGGUCGAGGCUUCGCUCAGCCGUCGGCUGCCGCCUAAGCUCGAGGAAAUGAAGUCACACAUUCUGGACGCUGCCAGCCUAUCUUUGCAGUCUCCUUUGGACACUCUGAAGCAGGAGCUGUGCGACAGUUUCACGACUCAUCAGCGAUCUCUGGGCGACCAAUGUCUGUCUGCUGUGAGUGCCGCUUCUGCGAAGAUUCUAGACACACUGGAGAGGAAGGUCCAGGCUCUUGAGACCAAAUUUGGGAAUGUGGCGCCUCAAGUUCCCUGGAGUGACCGGGUCAAGGGCGAUGGCCCCGUGUCCCUUCCCGAGUGCCAGGGCGACCAUUUCCAGGUGGGUGACUUGGUGCGCCCGCACAGCCUCGCUACGUCGGCUCUGAAUGGGCUGGUGGGCUGCGUCCGUGGCUUCGUCGGAGAGAGGGUUCAGGUGGAGUUCUUAGGUAUCGACGGCUGCAAGCUGAUUAAACCAGCCUUCCUGGUCGCAGAUUCGGCGGAGGAGCCGAGGACAUGCGAGAACCCAUGCGGCCAGGGAGGCUCGACAUCUUCUUUGUCGUCUUCGACGGCUUCCUCUUCUACGACUUCUGAGCUGGCUGCUGCCGUGCUCCGACCCCGCUAAGAUGAACAGACCCAUGGUGUACGAGUGACAU